AUGAACAAGGUUGGCUUGAUUUUUCUUGUAGUCACUAAAAUAAUGGUGCUUCAUGCCAUAGCACUAGAGUCCGAGGCUCCAAUGCCAGGACCUAGCCCUUUGGGGGUUAAAAUCAAGAGAGAGGUUCAGGUGAGUGAUCAGAAGAGUGACAAAAUUGUAGAUCAGCCUGUUGCUGAGUCUAGAGGGUCAUCAUCAAAGGAAGAACGAGAGUCUAAAGCAGAAGAAGCUAUGGCUCCUGAUAUCAGAAGGAUAGGAAAACACCAUUCCACAGACGAGUCAGUGGCAGGUGGGGGCGUGAUCUUAGGUGGCCUUGUUACUGUCACUUUUGCUGCUGUCUUUUGUUACAUUCGGGUUACAAGGAAAAGGGAUAGUGAACAUUGA